GGAGGAGUUCCCCGUGUGAGUGCCGAAGCCCUCAGCUCCGCAUUCCGGCAGAGCUCACAGGCACACGCCGCCAGUCCCGGGCCCACCGAGCACUCGUCCAGACUCGAGAGGGGGAAAACCGGAGAGAAAAAAAAAAAGUUGCUCCGCGCGGUUUUCCACUGAAAUUUCCACCGUCAUGUGUUUGUGAUCCGUUGCCCUGGUGGAAUGGUUUACUUUUCGCCGCACAGCUGUCCAAACUGCGUGAGAAGACGGUUUAUGUCUUUUUAAGGUACAAGCCUUCUUUUAUCCCGAAGCGGUAACUACAGUUGGUGCACCAUGGUGAUCAUGACAGACACCAGCAGGGCUGCUCAGCCCAGCCCUGCCCAAGGGAGGCCCCUACAGGUCGGCUUCUAUGAGAUCAUCCGCACCCUGGGUAAAGGAAACUUUGCAGUGGUGAAAUUGGCCAAACACAAAGUCACCAAAACACAGGUGGCGAUAAAGAUCAUCGACAAGACCAGGCUGAAUCCCUCCAACCUGGAGAAGAUUUACAGAGAGGUGCAGAUAAUGAAGCUGCUAAACCACCCCCAUAUCAUCAAACUCUACCAGGUGGGAAUGAUCUCAGAACCCUCAGAAGUGCUGCUGUUUGCCUUGCGUGUGGUCAUGGAGACCAAAGACAUGCUGUAUAUCGUAACAGAGUAUGCAAAGAACGGAGAGAUGUUCGACCACCUGACCUCAAACGGCCGCAUGAGCGAAGAUGAGGCCCGAAAGAAGUUCUGGCAGAUUCUCACGGCAGUGGACUACUGCCACCGACACCACAUCGUUCACCGCGACCUAAAAACCGAGAACCUGCUGCUGGAUGCCAACAUGAACAUCAAACUGGCUGACUUUGGAUUUGGAAACUUCUACAAUGCUGGGGAGCCUCUGUCCACGUGGUGUGGAAGUCCACCUUAUGCGGCCCCUGAAGUGUUCGAGGGGAAAGAGUAUGAGGGGCCUCAGCUGGACAUUUGGAGCCUCGGAGUGGUGCUCUACGUUCUCGUCUGCGGCUCCCUCCCGUUCGAUGGACCCAGCCUUCCCGCUCUCAGACAGAGAGUCACCGAGGGGCGGUUCCGAAUCCCCUUCUUCAUGUCCCAAGACUGUGAAAACCUGAUCCGCAAGAUGCUGGUGGUGGACCCGGCCAAGCGGAUCACCGUGGCCCAGAUCAAGCAACACCGCUGGAUGCUGGCAGACCCGAGCGCCGCCCACCAGACCCUGAGCCACUCCCUCACCGAGUACAACUCCAACCUGGGCGACUACAGCGAGCCCGUGCUGGGCAUCAUGAACUCUCUGGGCAUCGACCGCCAGAGGACCAUCGAGUCUCUGCAGAGCAGCAGCUACAAUCACUUCUCGGCUAUCUACUACCUGCUGCUGGAGCGAGUGCGAGAGCACCGCACGCAGCAGCUCAGCCGUCAGUGUGGGACCUGGGGGCAGAGACCCAGGAGCACCUCCGACUCCGCCGCCCCCGAGGUGAUUAUGGAGUCCACCGACACUUUUAGAACGACAGCUUUUUCACUCCCGGCCAAAAACUCUCAUCCUGUGUACUCGGAGGUGGAGUGUGACCAAGGCGGAUUAUUCCAGCGUGUGGUGUUCCCGGUGGAGGCCAGCCUGAACAGAUUGCUCUGGAACCGCUCAAUUUCACCCAACAGCCUGCUGGAGACGAGCAUCAGCGAGGAGGUGCGGCCCAGAGACCUGGAGGAGGAGGAGGCCACCCAGAGUCUUGGCCCCCUGCUUCCUCCGACCACCACCUCCCGCAGGCACACUCUGGCUGAGGUUUCCGCCCGUUUCCACCAGUGCAACCCUCCAUGCAUUGUGGUUAGCCCUUCAGACGGAGCCUCAUCUGACAGUUGCCUGAAGUCCUCAUCCAGCCCUGCCCCCUCUCUGCAAGCUGCUAUGGGAGACUUGUCGACGCUUCAGGCCUCAGGGGGCGGAGGCGGAGCUCCUCUGCCUGUCGGAGCUCCGCUGGCUCUCUCCUCCCACCUCCUGCCCCAGGCACAGGGCAGCCUGCCCGCCGCCAGCUUCCAGGAGGGUCGCAGGGCCUCGGACACCUCGCUUACACAAGGCCUCAAAGCUUUCCGCCAGCAGCUGAGGAAAAACACGCGCACCAAAGGGCUUCUGGGCUUAAAUAAGAUCAAGGGCCUGACGAGGCAAGCUGUUCCUCCGCCCGCCUGCAACCGCGGCAGCCGGGGGUCCAUCGGCCCGGCCCUGUCGGAGCACCGCAGCAUGCUGGAGGAGGUGCUGCACCAGCAGAGGUUGCUCCAGAUCCAGCACCAACCGCAGCCUCAGGUCCAAGCCGCUCAGGCCGGCCCCUCCCCGAACCCUCUGCUCUUCCUGUCGCAGAAGCAGGCGCCCUCUCCUCCGCCCACUUCCAUAUUUGCCUCUGCCUCCAUAUUUGACCCCCCCGCCCAGCCUCCUCAGCAAGCCUCCACGGGGCUGCCGCACAGCCCCUGGCAUCAGAACCUGGAGCCGUCCUACUCUGGCUGCUCCUCGCCCUCCUCGUCCUGCUACGCCUCCUCGCUGUCCCCCGUGGCGUCCGCCGCCUACCUUCUGGAGGCCCGGCUGCACAUCAGCCAGCAGCCCCACCCCCACGCUUACGCCAGCCUGCAGCAGCAGCAGCCUGCAACACAGGGGCCCCUGCCCAUCCCAUCCAAACCGGCCGCGUGGGGCAGGGUCUCCACCCCCGCCGGAGAUUCCAGCAUGCAGGAGCUCAUGCUGGCUGGGCAGCAGCAGCUCAGCAGCUGCGUGAUGGUCAAGUAAAACUUUAGGAAGGCUGACUUGACGAGAAGCCCAGAAGAAAAAAGAGCACAAGUGAGGACGCCGAUCAAAAAGAAACCAAGAAAAAGCACGCAGGACGCAAACGUACACAUUAUUUACAAUGAGGUACCCGUUUGCGAAUGUGUACACACAAAUGUGCUAAUCGUGUGUAUGUUUCUGAGGUCAUAUAAGCUAAAGACUAAGCAAUAACCAAACUCUGGAUGAGGUGUUCUGUUUGGACAGCCAGAGAAGCAAUAAUAGACUGAAAGACUCUUCCAGCUCUCUGACAGACUCACUUGAAUGAAAUGAGAACUGACGUUAGCCAAUACGUUGUCUCGCACAUGUUUUGAUGCUGUUUAAGUUAACUUUUUUAUUCAACUUUCUUUUUUUUUUUUUGUAAAAUAGGAAGGCUUCCUCCUGAGAGCGUUUUUAGGCAGUUUUGCAUAUGUUCUGCAUAAUGUUUUUUCACUUACUUGGACGGAAGACCAAAAUUCUUUCCUUUUUUUCAUUUCCCCUUCGCCUUUCUAAAGAGACAUUUCUCUGUAGCAGUGCAAUGAGCAUGCAGUCCAGUGCCCUGAGCUCACAGGCGUUCGCUGAAGGACUUUUGAUCUGUAUUGAAACUGUGACACCCGUUUUGUUUUUUGAUUGUUUUUUUUUUUUUGUCAAUUUGUUUCUGCGCUAGAUUAUUAUAGCUACACAAAUGCUGCUUUUACCUCAAGAUACGACAACAACAAAAACUGAGUGCAACGUCUUCGUCAGCCAAAAACUGAGUGAAGGUAGAGUGAGAAAAGCACAACAGGUACAUCGGUCACCUCGGUAGAAGGAACCUUACGUGUGUUUGCUCAGCACCUUCAUUUUAGAUGCUUUUACUACCUCCUCAGGCAACAUGCUAACUAUUUUUGCAACUUUCUUCAAAAUCUACUAAUAAGGUGUCAUCAGUUGCAGGUUAUCAGGAGAGACGUGUUGUUCAUAUGGACAGAACAAAGACUGUGGGAACAGUGCAAUAUUUUACAUGGAUUACAAUGGAAAGAUGAGGUUCUGCUUAGAACGGUCAGAAUUGCCCGCAUAUUUGCCUGAGGUUCUCUUUUUGUUUGUUUUUAUGUUUGAAUUUGCUGUGCUAAGCUUGCUGAAAAAAAAGGUACUUGUUAUCCAACAGAAUGACAUGACGGUGUAGUGAUUUAGAGUAAGGCAUUUAGAAAAUGCUGCUUUUGUGUGCGCGUACUGCAGCAUGCUCGUAGUUCCUUAUGUGAAAGGAAGAAUUUUGGGUUUACCAAAGAGCGAACAACACAAAACAUGGGUGAUCUAUUUAAGAGACAAAAACAAUGACACUACUGACAAUAUCUUUAAAUGCUGUCUUGAGAUGUAGCUCGGUGGGUGGCUCCCUUUGUCCUAUGAUUUCGUCGGCUUUGGCUGAGAGAAAAGCUCCUUCUGCCACCAAAACGCUAAUGCUACACGUACUGUCCAGAACUAGCUGUUACUUUCAGGACCAUGGUGGUAUUCUCUCUCUCUCUUUCUCUUUAUUAUUAUUAUUUUUUACUUUUCUAGAAAAACGUAGGAAAAAAUCAACUAAACACAAAAAAAAUCUCAGCAUAGCAAUACCAUAUUGUGCAGGAAGUUUAACUUUAUGUGGUGGUUUGAUUCAGACGACGUGUAAAAAGCAGCGAGCAGUGUGUGUCAUAAAUUUAGUUCUCUUGUGUCUGUGAAACUUUUAUUUGUAGGAAAGCAGUGUUUCACCGAGUUCUACCUUGGAAACAUGCAGUGUUGACAUUUCUGCCCUCCAGUCUUUGGUUGAUUGCACUCACCAACAACACUUUUGUGCCUUUGUCCGAACAAAUAAGCGAUCAGAGUUCUCCGUCUCUGCUCAAGACACUGAAGAAAGGAUGACGGAUGGCUCAAUUAGCCGCCAUCCACCCAGAGGCCCCUCUGAUAUUUCCGUUGACCUUUGAGCUUGCUGUUUAAACUGAAGCAAAAUUUGCACUUUAUUCAUAUAUCUUUUUUUUCGUGAUGGAAAAAAAAGUCACAAUAACUGUUCAUCAAACUGAUAACUCUUGAUGCAAAUCUGUUAGAUGACCCUUUUGAUAAACUUUGGCUAAGAAGUAUUUCAUGUUUUUUUGUUGUUGUUGACUGUGUGAGCACGUCUUUGUGUGUGUGUGGAUGUGUGUGUGUGAGUGUUGAGGGGAGGAACGGAAAGAGGAAGGGAAGGAAAGAUUGUUUAUUUAUGUGGCUAUUUAUUUAAAUAAAGUUCUCUUCAUAAACUGUUUGUGUCCUUUCCGUGGCUCCUUUA